CUCGAAUCACCUAUUUAAUUAAUGCCGGCUAUCUUGGAGUGUGCUUCUAAAGACGAGCUGACCAACCCACCUCCACCAGAUGCCAACAACCCAGAGCCAUUACUCAUCACAUUCAACUGUAGUUACGUUCCAACAGGAGCUUUUUGUGGUCUAAUCACUCGACUUGUUUCCCAAGGCCCUCAUGGAAUUCUUGGAUUGACAUGGGAGUUAGUUGAAGAUGGUGUCAAGCGAAAUUGUGUUUCAUUUAGUAUUGAUGGGAUACAGCAAGCGACUAUUAUUUCUCGUGAAAGAUACUAUGAAAUAAGAAUUUGUUCAGAAAAAUCGAAAAUGUCUGUCAAUGAGAUUUGUGCAUACAUUUGUUCUGUUAUUCUGUACAUUCUUAGCAGGCUUUAUAUUAUUAAGUGAAUAGUUCCACAAAUUGCUUUUCAGUGCCACUGUCCUCAGCACUCAGAAGAGCCCAAUGUCAACAAUCUUUGUUCGCUUUCGCUUCAAUCAGAAGUCAGAUUCCUUUGUGAAAGCUCCAAGAAACCUGUUACCCUGAGGAAGACUCAAAUGGUUUGGCUUGGAAAGGCUGGCUCCAUUGGUCAGAGUGCUAGCUUGGGAGUUCUCCGGUUCAUGAAGAGACAGUCUCUGGAGAGAUUCUCUUUCAAUUGGAGCAAAGUGGGAGAUGAAGACACACAACCUCCAACUCAUCACUUCAAGCCCAACAUUCUGACCUUCCAGAGUGUGAGUGAGGAGGACCUGGACUACUACCAGUGUGAGGUGAAGGAGGCUGGGAAAGUGGUCCUCACCGUCUACAGAGCUCUCUACAAAGAUGAGCUCACCACAGGAGAAUACUCAAGACCAGCUGGUCAGAAGAGACUACUAUUGGUUGUGGAAUCGUCGAGUGCAAAACGCACACAGUUAUUAUCUCCAAAAGAUUUUGGAGAAUGCUCAGGAACUGUUCAGAAGAGAGACAUCCAGUACCAAACGUGUAUGUUUAGCAUAUCCGCAAGGAUCACCUGCUCAACCAGUGAGUACAGUUCUUCAACAGAUGAUGAACAAAUGCCAACUCUCUACUUCCCAAAUAAACCGUGAAAUCCAGCAAAAAGACAUACCAUUUUUGGCCGCAAAGUUUGAUAUUGUCGAGCUUUAUGUCGAUGCGAUGGAAUUAUCUCCUGGCGAGCAAAACGAUGUCAGCAAAAAGUUAAAUACUCAACUAGCUAUGAUUGAGUGCUUGAAAAUCUGGAAAAGAAGGAAGCUCUCACAAGCGACAUUCAGGGCCCUUCUGGAGAUGUUGGUAGAACUAAAAAAAGAGGAGAUUGCUAACCAAAUCUGUCAGUACUU